AUGACUUCUACUCGUUCCUUCUGCGGCGUCUCCCUGGUAGAUAGCCAGCUGGUCCAAGCAUCCCUUAAACUGGCCAAGGAGAGCCAUGACGAAGUGUCCUUCAAUCAUGUCUAUCGUUCUUGGGUUUUCGGCGCCUUACUUGCCUCGAAAAUCCCGACGUUCGCCGAAGCCGAAAUUGAUUUUGAGGUGCACGCCGCGUCGGCUCUUCUCCACGAUCUCGCAUGGCACUGUGACAGCCCUUUCUCUACACCAGACAAACGCUUCGAAGUCGACGGGGCCAAUGCCGCUCGCACAUUUCUCGACCAAGCCGCACCGCAUUUCGCCCCUCGCCAGCGUCAGCUUGUCUGGGACAGUAUUGCGCUGCAUACCACGCCUAGCAUUGCGCAACAUAAAGAGCCUGAAGUUGCCCUCUGUGCGAUGGGCGUUUUCGCUGACUUCCUCGGUCCUCGUUUUCCCGGUGGUCUGAUUUCCAAGGAUGAGUACAAUAGUGUCAUCAAGGAGCUGCCCUUGUGCGAUUUUAAGGAAUCGGUUAAGAAGAUACUGUGUGGCCUAUGUGAGAAAAAGCCCCAGACGACCUAUGAUAACUUUGUGAGAGACUUUGGCGAGCGCUUUGUGGAGGGGUAUACGGCCGAGAAUGCUGUUGAUAUGUUAAUGGUGACGAUUGAGAGCUGA